AUAUUACAUACAUAGAUGAAUAAUAGAAACCAUUGUGUCUAUCAAUAUCCAUUAAACAGUCGUUAACUCAUUAUAAAUGGACAAAAAUAGACCCUAAAUUUAGAUUUAUUCAAUACGAAUAAUUUUUGAUUUAGUCUUCAUGUUGACUUUAUGCCAUAAUUAUUUUGGAGUGACAUCAAACAAUAAAAAUAACAAAGAUGAUGAUCAAACAUUUAGUAAACGAAAAUUUGCGUUUGGACUAUUUAUUCUAUUUCUUGUUAGCGUGUUGUGGGUUGUUUCAUCCGAGCUAACGAAGUACAUAUACAUAGAAAAAAAACUUGAGAGACCAUUUUUAGUGACAUAUGUAAGGAGUUCCUUAUUGUUUGUGUAUCUUGUAGUACUAUGUUUUACUCCACCAACAAGAGAUCCUUGCCGCCCAGCAGACUACACUCAAUUAUUAGAACCCACGGCAGAGACAGAUGAUGAAACCUUCUACACUGAAUCUAACAACAGCUUGGGUGAUUCAACAUUUGUCCCAGUAAGGGCAGGAGAGGCCACUGACAGUGAUGAUGCCGCUCCAAGAGCAGUGCGUUUCAAUAAAGUGGCAGAGGUGCGUGUUAUGUCAGCGGCGAUGGCGGGCGAGGCGUUGCUGGCGCGCCUGUCGUGGUCCGCGUCCAUUCGCGCGACCGAGUACGCACAGCGCCGCGCCGCGGCCGCCGCUACGAGGCGACAUCUUAAACUAGCUCUCGUUUUUUGUGUACCGUGGUUCAUCGCAAAUUACUUGUACCGCCUUAGUUUACUUCACUCAUCGCCAUGUUCAGCGACGCUAUAUACAUCGACAACUGCAGCAUUCGCAUUAUCAUUUGGAGCUAUGUUCGCUCAAGUACCAACCGAUCGCUUCUCUCUUUCUAAAUGUAUGGCUAUACUGCUUACUACAUCUGGUCUUGUUAUAUUAGGACUAUCUGAGAGCCAUCAAAGUAAUUGGAUUGGUGUUCUAGCUGCUAUAGGUUCUGCUUUUUGUUACUCUCUACACUUAAUGCUAUUUAGACAAGAAUUGAGGAAAGGAGAUGGAAUUAAUUCGUUUUUAUUAGUUGGUGUAGUGGGCUGUGCCUGCGGUUGCUUGGCGUGGUCGAUAGGCGGUGUCCUGGCCGUCAGUGGAGUGGAGCGAGCAGAACUGCCUCCUCCGAGGCUGUGGAGCUGGCUACUGUUAGAUGCCGCCCUGGGGCCACUCCUGUUGGAGUCUUUGUGGCUUUGGGGGCGCUGCCUGACGUCGUCGUCGACGGCGAGCGCGUCGCUGGCGCUGACGCUGCCGCUGUGCGCGUGCGCGGAGGCGUGGCGCGGCGCGGGCAGCGCGUGGCGCGCGGCCGCCGCGCUGCUGGCCGCGGCCGGCUGGCUCGCCGCCGCGCUGCCCGCGCCGCCGCGCUGCCUCGCCCGCCUCGCCGCGCGCCUGCGCCCUGCGGACGGGUUCGCGGCAAUAAGAAAUAUAUCAGAAUUAGACGAGCAAUCAGAGGCUUUGAUGUCGUCUGAAGAACCGACGUAGCGCCUAUCAAGUUCGUUUUAGAGCUGCUGCGAGUGACCAACACAGUUAGUUGUGUGAACACCUUUUGUUGAUCCUAGUCUUAAAAGUGUAUAGCAUUUAUAUAAGAUAUCCGUAAAUUUUCUCAAUAUCUUGACACAAGUAUUUUUUUAAACUGUAACUCGAGUCAGUGGUUAACUAUUUUGAUACUGAAAAUCAUUCCACUAUUUGCGUAGUUCAUCUCGUUGCAUAAAUGAUAAUAUUUCAGUUAUAGAUAUAUUUUUUUCAGGGAUUAACGUUUAGGUCAAUUAAAAUUAAAAAAAAAAAAACAUUUUGCAGUAAUAUCUGUAUUUUAUAAAUGAUUAAAAAUGUCAUCUUUCGCCUAUACAAAAGACAAUAUUUAAUUUUUGUGUCACUUCCGUGCCUUUUAUCUUUAACAAAACCUUAAAAGAUCACUUUAAUUUUUUUACUAAGUAAUAAUAAACACAUUAACAGCUGACAUUCAAGUAAAUAUUACGAUAUGUAUGUUUUCAUUUAAUUUUGAAGAUUAUUUAUUGUGUCGACUACGUGAAGUAUUUUUCAACUUCAAAAUUUGUAUUUAUAAGAAAAAAAAAUAUUUUUAGUAAUAAUAUAAUAUCUACCUGUAAUGUGUAAUUUGUUAAUAUACUAAAAAAAAUUCUGUGAUCCGAAAUGGAGUUUAUUUUCGUUUUACAUAAAAUAAAACGUGUGAUUCUGAAAAUUAGAUCUAAAACUGUGUUAUAUACUAAGUAACAAAGUUAUGUUAAUAAUAGGAUAGUAAGUUUUAUUGGUCUCAAAUUAUUUCUUUACGUCAUUUGUAUUGAUAA